UCCUGACUAGGGACAAUUAGUAAAUCGAUUAUCUUCUCGUUGUUUGUAUCGUUGUUGCUGUCUGUUGCGCUGUGGAGAGUCAAUGCAUCAAUUGUGAUAUAUUACGUAUUCAUGAUGUCUGCUACAGUUGUACAUAAAUUUAUAACUUUUGUAGGAUUUAUGUCUAUAUUACACGCAGCUUAUUCCGCGGCGCAACAUCGCUCUUAUUUGCGAAUUACCGAACAGGAGUUUACUACUUUGCCAAUUGAUAUUUUAAUCCAGGGUAUAGCCAGUUUAUUUAUUGUCAUGUAUGGUGUUAUGUACAUCGCUGGUGAUUUUAAAGAAAUUCGGGCAGUUGUCGAUUUGGAAAAUAAGUCAUGGGAGACACUGCGGAAUUUACCAUCGUUUCAAGUAUUUAAUCAUCGAGGAAGAUCUUUAUCUCCAGAAUACAUUCCAGAAUAAAAUAGUAAUAUUUCAACAUCAAAUCAUUCAUGAAAAUAAUAGACAUAUAAAAUUAUUUAUAUUAUUUGUUAAUUCACAUUUGAAUAGAAAAGUUUAUCACUAUUUAAUAAUAGUAAUUUAAUUAAUGUAAUAAAAAAUAUAUUAAAAUUAAAAAUUCAUUAUACUUUUAAGAAGACAAAAUGCAUAAAUGUAAUAUAAAAUAAAAGCGUCAACAAGCAAGAUUGUAGCAAGAUAAUUUUAUAUAUACACAGAUAUGUGAAAUUUAAUCAUUUAUUGUUGAAAGCAAUUCUAUGAAAUUGCGAUCUUUCCCGUCAUAAUCUGAAUGUUGAAAUUCAUGACUCAUGACGAAUGGUUUUGUAUAUAAUUUUGUGACCAUAAAUAGUACGAAUAAAAAAAAA